AUGCCAUAUACACAGACGACAAGAACACGUAAGGUGGUGGACACAUCAUCGGCACCUGUCUUGAGCAAUCUGGCAAACACCACAUCAGCCUCAACGAUCAGACCAGUCAACAACAGGGUCGGAGUGGAUGAUCUUGUAAUGUUGCCAUCAGUAUCCGAGGCAGCCUUGAACGAUAACGUCCAAAAGAGAUACAAGGAAGGAAUCAUUUAUACAUCCAUCGGACCAGUAUUGAUAUCAUGUAAUCCUUAUAAACAAUUGGGUAUAUAUGGAAAGGAGUACAUUGAUUUGUACAAGGGCAAGCAUGAGUUUGAAAUACCUCCACACAUCUACAGUGUGGCGGACAAGGCAUACCGCGCUCUCCAGUCAGAGCACGAGAACCAGUGUAUCAUUAUCUCGGGCGAGUCGGGCGCCGGCAAGACCGAGGCGUCCAAAUACAUCAUGCAGUACAUUGCCAGCAUCACAGGCAGUAGCCGCGACGUCGAGCGCGUCAAGAACCUGAUCCUCGAGUCCAACCCGCUGCUCGAAGCCUUUGGCAAUGCCAAGACGCUGAGGAACAACAACUCAUCGCGUUUUGGCAAGUAUAUGGAGAUCCAGUUCAACUAUGUGGGCGACCCCGAGGGAGGCAAGAUCACCAACUACCUGCUCGAGAAGUCACGUGUCGUGCUACAGACCGUUGGCGAGCGCAACUUCCACGUGUUCUACCAACUGCUGACUGGCGCCACACCAGAGGAGCGCGAGCAACUGUCCCUACUGCAGCCGGACAAGUAUGAGUACCUAAACAAGAGUCGUUGCUACACAGCUGACGGCAUAGAUGAUGCAGCCGCACUCAAGGCCACCCGCCACGCCAUGGAGGUUGUUGGCAUCACUGCUGACGAGCAGAAGCAGAUAUUCAAGCUGUUGUCUUCCGUCCUACUUCUGGGCAACGUCACAUUCAACAGCAACAAGCAACAAAAGGCAGAGGUUGCCGACAAGGCCCAGCUUAAGACUCUGGCCAACCUGAUGGGCGUGGAUGCUGCAUUGCUCGAGUCCUCACUUGUGGUACGUGUGGUCACGGCUGGACCACGCAAGGGAGAGACUAUUCGCGUGCUUCAGAACGUGGAGCAAGCCUCCGCGGCUCGUGAUGCCCUGGCCAAGGCCAUCUACAGCAAGUUGUUCGAUUGGUUGGUUAGGACCAUCAAUCGUUCGAUCGAGGUCAAGACCAAAGGCAAGGUUAUUGGUGUCCUUGAUGUAUAUGGAUUCGAGAUCUUCCAGAAUAACAGCUUCGAACAGUUCUGUAUCAACUAUGUUAAUGAGACAUUGCAACAGAUAUUCAUCGACUUGACAUUGAAGACUGAGCAGGAGGAGUACGUGUCAGAGGGCAUCAAGUGGGUGCCAGUGGACUAUGUCAACAACAAGCCAUGUGUAGACUUGAUCGAGAAGAAGCCAUUUGGUAUUCUAGCAAUCUUGGAUGAGGAGUGUCUGUUCCCAGAGGGUAACGACGCCAGUCUGCUCGAGAAGCUCGGCAAGCUGUUUGCCGCACACUCACAUUACUCUAAGGUGCCACUGACAUCCAACCAGCGCCAGUUCAUCAUCAAUCACUACGCCGGAAAGGUGUACUACAACAUCGACGGCUUCCUCGACAAGAACCGCGACACUCUAUUCAACGACCUGAUUGGCUUGGCCACAUCGUCAUCGCUAUCCCUGCUCGUCGAGGUCUUCCAGUAUGUGCCAGUCAUUGAGGAAAUCGACCCCAACGUCGAGUCGGCCAAGUCACUGGACCGCCUCAAGAAGACAGGCUUUGCCAACCAGCAGGCCAAGAGCAUCAUCCCCACUGACAAGAAGCGUCCAAUCACAGCGGGCUUCCAGUUCAAGUCGCAGGUGACCGCACUUCUCAAGUCUCUAUACAGCUGCAACCCUCACUACAUCCGUUGCAUCAAGCCCAACGAGGUUAAACGCGCACUCGACUGGGACGCUGGUCGCUCGUCAGAACAGAUCCGCUACCUUGGUCUCUAUGAGAACCUGCUGGUGCGUCGUGCCGGUUACUGCUACCGUCAGACAUACGCCAAGUUCAUGCGCCGUUACUACAUGAUCGGUAAGAAGACAUGGCCAAAGUGGGAGGGCGACGCCAAGAACGGCGCUGAGAUCCUGUUGGCUGAGCUGGGCAUCCCACAGAGCGAGUACCAGUUUGGUGUCAACAAGAUCUUCAUCCGCAACCCACAGCCACUGUUUGACCUGGAGGACAAGCGCACUGCUCGCAUCCACCAGCUGGCCACAAUGCUGCAGGCCACAUGGAAGAUGUACAAGACUCGUCGCUGGUACCUCCAGACACUGGCUGCCAUCAAGAUCCAGCGCGCAUACCGCAGCUGGCUACUGCGCAAGGAGUGUGUGCAACUCAAGAACCACUCACAGAACAUCUUCCAGGGACGCAAGGAGCGCAAUCGCAACAGUCUUGUGCUAUCAUCGAUCGCAUUCUAUGGUGACUUCUUGUCGCUGUCAACUGACGCCUACGUGCGCCAAGUGCUGACACGCGAGGAGGGUCCACAGGCGGCCGUGCGACUGAGUGUACAGGUGUCCAAGAUCAACCGUCAUCACAAGAUACAGAAGCGUGCACUCAUUGUGACCAACGCCAACGUGUUCCACAUUGUGCCUCUGGCCAAGCCCAAGAAGGACGGCGCAUGGUUCACGUUGAAGCGCACGAUCCCCCUGGGCGCCAUCGAGCGUCUCAGCUGCUCUAAGCUGCGCGACAACUUCUUUGUGAUCCACGUCGACCAAUCUCAGAAGGCCGACUACAUCUGUGAGACCAAUCGCAAGACAGUAUUCAUCACGCUGCUCUCCAAGCUGUACCAGAAGCACGUCAACAAGACACUGACCAUCGACUUUAGCGACGAGAUUGCCUAUCGCUCACAAAAGGGAGCCACUCAGGCUGUCUUCCAGCGCGUCGACACCCUUCCCAAGGAGCAACUAUUCGUUGCCAAGCCCAGCAAGAACAGCAUCAAGAUCACUGUAGUGCCAGGCGAGAGUGCAGACUCAUCCGUCCUGCUCAAGACUGACCCCGCAGCCGCCUCAUCAUCAUCGACCACCCAUCAGCGGGCGUGA